AGAAAUUAUUGUCAGUGUAGAAGAAAAAAUGGCAAAUUUUGGCAAAAGUAUUAGAAGUGAACACGAUACUUUCAGCUUCAUUAACAUGACGGUGGCUUUCGAUCCGCUUGUAGAAGAUUUGAAACAAGGUCUGGAAAAGUUUGGAAAUAUCAAUAUAGAAAGGACAAAGAAGGACCAUCUUCUCCCUGGAUUUGUACCAAAAUCACAGACACAAGAAAAAGAGAAUGGUAAGCGUCAUAGAAGUAAACAUGUUGUCAAGUUGGGUGAGCAUAGCGCGAGUGGGCAAGAGGAAUCAUUCUUUUGUAACGUCACAAGUACAGUGGUACUUUCAGACGGACGAAUUAUUCUAGCAGACGACAGCAAUAGUAAGCUUAAAAUGAUGAGCAGUCGUUUUGAUGUAACCUUUGAACUAGCACUGGAUUCCAAUCCAUUAAAUCUAGCAGCUGUUUCUGAGACGGAAAUUGCUGUAACAUUACCAGGGAAACGUGAAGUUUAUUUUAUAGAUGUUGGAAUUGAUAAGUUCGCAAUGAAACGAAAAAUAAACACAAGGCUGGAUUGUUGGGGCAUUGAUAUUCUAGAAAACCUCGUAGUUGUGACCACUGGUAGAGAUGGACAUUCUGUCAUUGUUCUAGACAUGAAAGGUAAAGAGUUAAACUCGUAUCUGCUAACUAAGCAUGCAGACGAGAAUAUAAGAUGUCCCGUUUCUGUUGUUGCCGAUCAGCAGAAAAGACUUUUGUAUGUUACAUGCACUGGCGGGGCAUGGAGUAAAGGUUGUGUCGUCUGCAUGGACAUGGAUGGAAAACUUCAAAAUGUUUACAAUGACCCGGAUAUUGACACACCGCGUAGUGCUGCUAUUGACAGACAUGGAAAACUCUACAUUUGUGGUCUAGAAUCUUCUACAGUGUACCAGUGUAAUGAAAAGGGGGAAAUGUUCAGAAUCUUUCCCGCCAAAACUGAACAAGUAGUAGGACCACUGCACUUGAAUUUUAUAAAGAACUAUCAUAUAAGAUUUUUGCUGACAGAGGUUGCAAGUGACUCUAUAAAAGUAUUUGAACUUCCGACGGCAAAGUGAUAUCCCGACUUUGAUAUACAUACGUUAUGCGAAAUGCAGUAUGAAUUUUGAAAGGAUAAUAUUAUAACAGACAUGUAAAAGAUUAUUACAGGAGUCCAUUCAAUAUAAAUUUGCAUUUAAAAUACAUAAAGACGAUCAUUUUGAAGCAUAGAAGCGAUCCAAGAAAACUAUAGGAGACUUAGUUUGAUGGAGUAUGUUCGUCAUAGUUAAUGAUGCAUGCAACUGGCUCUAAAUGCAGAACUUUAUCAUUCAAAUUAUUAAAUUAAUCAAUUCGGAAUUCGCGAAAGCUCCGUUACCACUUACAGAUAAACACACAUCGGGUCUGCAUGUCUAUACUUUGCUUAGUUACAUAAAUAUCUUGUUUAGGUUUUACAUUUAUUUGUGUAAAUGCUGACUAAAGUUUUGUUACUCGUGUAUUGGUACGUUUCUAAUAUACAAUUGUAUUAAAUUUUGUUUUAAUCGAAACUGAUUUAUAAAUGCUAACUAAA